UUGUAUUCUCCUUUGGCGCUAUUGCGGGGCCAUUGGCUAACGGCCAAGACACCUAGCGGCCGGACAGGGCAAUUGGGGGAAUCCAUUUUAAAAAUUUUCAAAAAUACGGCGUGAAAACCUGGUCUCGCCCUGCGGAUUUCGCGACGAAACUUGGAAGUGACUUGGCACGGAAGAAUUUCGCGGCGAUCGCGCCCAAAGAUCUCCCGACUGCCGACAGACCGCAUGGUCGUGGAAUUUUGCAUGCGAUUCACAUGGAACUAAUCCAAGAUGGCUAACGUGAAAAACAGCCCAGCAGCAGUUAGCGAAUUCUGAUUGCUUUCGUGUCAGUGUACCGAGAUCUAUCGACCCGCUCGAGGAGAGUCGCUCCACACACGUGGCAACCAGCGUCGACCCUCGGCCAAGAGGAAAUCUAGAAAAUUUAAGGAGUGUCACGUCACGUAGCACCAUGCCCGUUCUCGCCGCUGAGAGCCACGAACUUUGAUCUGGUUAAAAAAAUUACACAUUAAUUCGGCGUUUGAGCAGAAUGUCGAGACAGCCGCGCCAGAACUCUUCCAACAUGUCGCAGCAGCAACUGCGGUCGACGCCCCAGCAGCCGCAGCAGCAGCAGCAACCGCGGAUGGCCAUGACCAACAUCCAGAUCGUGCCAUCCACCAUGAAUCAGCAGCAGCAGUUUGCUCCGGUGUACCCUCAGUACACGUCCCUCCCUUACUCAUAUCCAAUUAACCCUGCUUCGUACGGACAUCCUCCGUACGUGUCGAUGGUGCGCCCUGCCAGCAUGAUUCAGAUGCCCAUGGGCCAACAGGCGGCCCACUUCACGACGCCGAUGUCCGCCCCCAACCGCAUGCUGCAACCCAGACAGCCACAAGUGCCGCCACACGCAAAGGUUCGGUCGAGGGCCAUUGCCAUUGUAGACCCCAGCACCAUGCAAGAGGUCAACCUUGCUGGCGAGGGCAACACUUCGUCAGCAGAGGAAGGCGCCGGCCAGCAACUGAAUGGUGAUCUAGAGGCUAAGGAGCAAGAAACACCAACCUCCGAAGAACCUCCUUUGGUUAAUGGAUCAAUUUCUGAGAAGCAAGAAGAACGAGCUAGUCCAGAAAUAACCCCUGAAGUUGAGAGAAAAACAGAGACAACUGGUGCUGAAGCGCCAGUACCUCCUGUUCAGGUUCCACAACCACCAGUCGAAACAAAACCUUUCGACAAAAAGUCAAAACCAGCUUCCAGACAGCAGCGCGCUCCUCGCAAUGAAGACUCCAGACACAAGUCUCCUGCCGCGACUCCUGAGCCACCUGUUUCUUCUAAGUCUCCAGAGCCAAGUUCCUCGACUGUUACGCCUCACGCUGCACCUCAAGAGAGUCAUGAGGUGCCACCUCCAGAGGCAGAGGAAGACGGAGGAGAUUGGCAGGAGGCCAAAGUCAGAACUAGGACUUCCAAGAAGAAAACAGACAGUAGACCUGUGCCGGAAAAGCAACUGGAAAGGCAGCAGCCGCAGAGACGAAAAGACUUUGACAAGAAGGGUCCCAAGGGCAAGGCUUCCACGGCCGGCGGCCUAAAGGCAGCUUCGGAGAAGCCAGCAGAACCUCCAACGCCGCAACCACCAGCUGUCAUCAGCUACAAGGAUCGACUAUUAGGAAAGAAAGAAGAGAAAAAGGUGCCAGAAGUUGUCCAAGAGAAGAAACCUGACCCUCCAGCCAAGGUUGAGGAGAUCGAGAUUAAGGUAGAGGUACAGACAAACGUGGAAAGUAAAGAGACUGUUCAAGAGGAGCUUGAUACCGUAAAGCCAGUCAAUAAGGAGGAAGAGAUUAAGCCUGAACCAGAAGUUGUAGAUGUUAAGACCCAGCCCAUUGAAGAGCCUGAACCUGUUGAAAAUGUCCCUGUCAAUGACGUUAAAGAUGUGACCAAGGAGGAGGAGAAGUGUGAAUCAAAAGAAAAGGUUGAGAAGCUGGAAGAAGUCAAAAUGAAGGAAUCUGAGACUCCUGUUCCUGUUGAAAAAGAGGAGACAAAAUGCGUUAGCCCUAUUGAUAUGCCAACUGAAGCAGCUGAUGAUCCUGUCCAGAAUAAGGAAGAGAUACAAGAACCUGCUAGUUUGCCAUCAGUCUCUGUUCAGCCAGAGGAAAAGGAGGAAGCUGUUGAGCCAGAAACAUCUGAGCCUGUUGGCAAGGAAGAAAAGGCUGAGGCUAAGUCUGAAAAUCGGAUACCAAGUCAAAAACUAUAUCGUUCCUCUUCCAUGGAUAAUUUAGUGUAUGCUGAGGACCAGUGGAGCCCUUUUAACCAGCAGGGCAAGAAAAAGUAUGAGUCGGACUUUUUGAAAAAGUUGCAGACGGUUCCCGUCAGUUUGAAGCUUCCAGACAACGUUAAUCUUCCCAAAAACAUUCUGCGCGAAGCCAAUAGGUCCUCCAGACCUGUUGGUGGUGGCUUCCAAUUUAGUAAUGAAAACAACCUGAUGCCUGCCUUUGCUUCCUCUUCUUCUCCACGCAGAGACCCACGGAUUAUCAAGAGCAUUUCUUUGUAUGCCGACGUCAAGCUGAAUGAAACUGAAAACGCAUGGAAACCAUCAACGCGCAAACAGAGUGACGAAGAUGACGCCUCCGAGAAGGAAGAGCUCCUCAAGAAGGUUCGCAGCAUUUUGAACAAAAUCACGCCCGAGAAGUUUGACAAGCUAAUGGGCCAAGUGAAAGAAAUGAAAAUUGAUACAAUGGAAAAACUUGAUGGGGUGAUCAACCUUAUCUUCCUAAAGGCGAUUGACGAACCCAGCUUUUCUCACGUAUACGCCAAAAUGUGCCAUGAACUAUCAUGCUAUGUAAAAUUGAGGACGGAACUGGAAGGCCAAGAAACUUUGGUCUCGUUCAAAAAACUGUUGAUCACAAGGUGUCAACAGGAGUUUGAGAAGCAGAAUAAAAAUGAGGUUGAAGACAAGAAGAAAGAGGAGAUGGUUAAGAAAAUAGAGGAAGCCACUGGUGAUUCGAAAAAAGAGCUUGAAAUGGAACUUGCUGAAAUGGAGAGGAAAAAGCGAGUCAGGUAUGUUGGCGUGAACAGGUUCAUUGCCGAAUUGUAUCAACGUUCUUUAUUGACGGAUGCUAUCAUGUUACGCUGCAUCUUGGAACUGCUCUCAGACCGCGGCGAGGAGUCUCUCGAGUGCAUGUGUAAGAUUCUGACCACCAUUGGCAAAGACCUGACAGACAAGGGUGUUGAACUGAAGGAACCAUUUGCACAAAUUAAGCAGCUAGUGGAUAAAAAAGUCACGUCAACGAGAAUCAGGUUCAUGAUGCAGGACGUCGUGGAGCUGCGAGACAGUGGAUGGAAACCUCGCCGAGAGGCCGCCAAGCCCAAGACUAUGGAGGAAAUCGCGCAGGAAGCCAAGAAGGAGGCGGCUGCUGUGCCACCACCCUCGCCCAUGCCUCAGUCAAAUCUUCGAACGCCGUCUCGGGGGCAGGACCGCCCAAACGACAAAUUUUCCCGAAGCACACCUCGACCUCCCAAACCGGUCAACACCCCAUUCGACGCCAAAAAGUUGACUGGUGGCUUAGUGAAGGAUCAAGAGUUCAACCUCGGCCGACCCAUGUCUUUCAACAAGUGGACCAGCGGGAGCGGAGGUGGCAUGCUGAGCGGGAGUGGAGUGCCGAAGACCAAGAAUCCGUUCAUGGUGCUUGGAGACAGCGACCAGUCGUCGGACACGGACCUUCCCAACGACAACCCGUCCCAGACCAAGCAGCUGCCCCGGGUGUGAUUCGGC